GAUUGUAUUGUUCGUUUCAUUACUUUUUUAUGCUUAGGAAAAAGUUGUAGACUGAGGUGGUACAAUCAACUAGACCCAAACAUCAUAAAAAAGCCAUUCACUGAAGAAGAUGAGGAAAUGCUCCUGGCACUUCACAAUCUCAAGGGAAACAAAUGGACUGCAAUAGCCAGAUUCUUCCCUGGAAAAACUGACAAUUCUGUCAAGAAUCACUUCCAUGUACUAAUGGCCAGAAGAGAAAGGGAGCGUUUGGCACUGUUUGGUGAUUCAUUUGAUCAUAAUUCUCAAAUCAGUUUCAACUUUAUUAAAAACAAGGCCUUGUUUGAUAAACUACCAACUCCUUGGACUUCAUUCAGUGGAUCUUCAACCAUCACAUCAAGUGCUAGAGAGAAAGUACCAUUGUUUGAUAAUUAUUUGGAAUUGGACCAUUUUUCUUCUUAUAGUUCUCCUUCAUCUGUUGGUUCUUCUAUUCUUGACAGUUACCAUAGUUUCACAGCACCAGGACUUCCCAGUGUAGGCAAGGUUGUUCCCCUUCCACAAAAAAUUUCAAACUAUGGUUGUGACCACAAAACUAAGGACACCAUCAAAAGUUGCAAAAGAGGUAAACAUGCACGUGAUAGAUCCAUGACACUGUGCAAGUUGAGUACCAAUGAACAAGAACCUCUUGAUGAUCUCAAGCAAAAGGGUGUUUCCUUCAUAGACUUUCUUGGAGUGGGAAUUUCUAUCAGUGAUGACAGUAUUCGUGGACCAUGA